UUGCCCCCUUUCAAGCACACCCACUUCACGCCUUCAUCUCUCGCCCUGCUCUACCUCUUGCACGUUCUCCUCCGGAGACGCGAGGAAGGAGAAGGGCGCUUCCACGAAAAGAUGUACACGAAGGCGAACCUGGCGGCCCUCCGAGUGAAGAAAGACAUCGCGGAGCUGUCGCAACAUCGCCUGAACGCUACGCACGCAUCGACUAGCAUCGACUUCCCGGAUGGCACUCGAAAUUUGCUCAAGCUCAAGGUCGGGGUUUCUAUGACCGCAGGCUUGUUCGAAGGGGCCACCUUUUACUUUAUUCUCACGAUCCCUCCUAGCUAUCCUUUUCACGCUCCGACCGUGGUGUGCACCAGCCGGGCGUGGCACCCGAACAUCGACCUCCACACGGGGCUCGUGUCGCUGCCGAUCCUCACCAAGGACUGGCGACCCGUGCUCAGCAUCAACACCGUCGUCUUCGCGCUCCAGCUCAUGUUCAUAGAGCCCACGGAGCACUACGCGGUGAACAAGCCUGCGGCCGCGGCGCUUUCGAGCAACCCGGACCUGUUCCGAGAGCAGGUCCGACGCUCUUUGGCGGGAGGCUCAUUGUUCGGUGUACAGUUCGAGUCACAUAGGCUAGGGGGGACGGCAGACGGCAAGGGUGGCGGGCACGGGGCGGCAAAACGCAAGCGGGGAUUCGGCGAGAGCAUGGACACGGAAGCGGUGCAGACAACGUUGGAGGCGAUGCGCAUACAGCUCCGGGGACGAUAGCCUAGGAACCUCGUCCGCACUGUCGGCUUGGGAUAAACGUCCUCGACUUGAGCAGCAGCAGCAGCAGCAGCAGCAACAACAACGAGGAGAGGGGUUGCCUCAGCCGCCACAGGGUGGUCUGCACUUCCCUGCCACUGAGGUGGCGGGAGGACAGCAGCAGCAACAGCAGCAACAGCAGCAGCAGCUGCAUUACCAGCAGCAGCGGCAUUUGGCCACCUUUGGCGAACCGAACGCACUCGGAACCGCGGCGGCUGGUGUCGCAGGACUACCGCAGCAGCAACAGCAACAGCAACAAUCGGUUAUCCCCUCCUUCGGGACCAGCGCGACGGCGACUCUCCAAAACUUGACCACGUUCGACCGCUUAAGGCGUCACGGCGUCGUGGAGCGCCAGAGGUCCGAAACUUCAGCAGCAGGAGCGGCAGCCACCUCCAUUGCCGCGGCCCAGUCCGCAGCCUCGAUCGGACUGCGGUGCGGCGGCGGGGCAAGCGUUGCCCAAGCAGGGAUCGGAGUUCCGCAAUCGCCCGCAGGGGUUGUCGGGGAGGGCGCGGGAGCGGGGGUGGUCUGGGGCGGGGGCCAGUUUCAGGUUCAAACUGUCCCGGGGGCAUCGCGGUUGCAUUAGGUGUUCGCGGGGGAGGGGGGGGACGUGGGCCCUGUUUUUUGUUGACGGCGGACGUUUUGUUGCCACAGACCUUGUUAUCCGUGAGAGGUAGGAGUGGGACAUGUGUUCCAACCGCCGAUACGCCGUGUGGGCUUGCUGUGGGCGGGUGGGUCCCUUGGAGGCUUGGAGGGUGAGCCACACAUCCCAAGAGGUCUAUUAUAAUAGGAGGAGGAAAGGAACGACGAAGGAGGAAGAAACGGUCAUACAGCAGUACGAGUAGUCGAUGUGAUUUUCCGCGUUUGUAUAUAGCUGCGCUACGCGUUUUUGCGUUCCUAGUGUCUAUCCACACUCUUUUUUGCGUUUUUGGUGAAGGUUGAUCAUUUUGUGCGAGUGUUCGUGAGGGAAGCGUGUGUACGUGUGUUGUCCGCUGUUAAUACAACGCUGGCUUCUG